CUGUCAGACGUACGUCACGCAUCCCAGCAGUGCAGCUAAAACGAACAAACCCUUCAGCUGUGUGUAUCAUGUAAACUAAACGAUUGAACUUGCAAAUAAAUAUCAAUUGUUGUUAUUUUCCACUUAUUUUCUCUCAAUUCACAUAUAUUUUCUAUAUCAUGUACAUAUAAGUAAAAGACAAAUAUCAAUAAUCCUUUUUUAAUUGUGACUUUUAAAUCGCAAAUUGUAAAAGUCAUGUGUAUAUGCAUAAAAUUAAUAAUAACUAGAUUUUAAAAAAUUAGCAUUUUAAACAUCCAGAAAACAAUGAUAGAGACGAAUGAGGAAAAAUUAUUUUAUUACAGGCAAAAAAGGCAGACAACAUGAUAUAUCAUUCAAUAUUUAUGUACUAUGAAGAAUGUGCCAGAAAAUGGCAAAUGGUUUUAUAUCAUCCCAGUGUUUGUAUGUACAUUGUCAAAUUUAAGGAGCAGUUUAUCCAUAAUCCAUUUCUACAAGUGGCUACCUUUGUUGUGGUAGCAUCACUAUUAACGCCUAUCCUUCUGUUUGUUGUAUUUGCCACUAUUAGUGCUGUAUUUGCAUUUAUCGGUUUUAUGAUGAUUCAAGUGACAGUAUUGGCUAUUGGUGCAAGUAUUUUAAGCUGCAUUCUUUUCUGUGUUGCAAGUACUUUUAUAAUGAUAGCGUUAUGUGUUCUCUUUUCAUCUCUUUUUAUCUAUUACAUAUUAUAUUAUACAAAUCAUGCAUUUAAGCUCUUAACUAUGGAAAAGCUUGAUAGAAAAUUUUAGUAUAUAGAUUGUUAUAUUAAUGAAAUCUUUAAACCAUUAAAAAAAUUAUCUUUACCAUAAAUUUCAAGUUUAUUUCAUAAAUCCACCAUAAUAAUCAUAUUCAACACACAUAUACUCACUUUAAUUAAUAUAGAAACGAUUAAUAUAUUCUGAAGUAAUUUUGACAAAAUU